AACUCCAUAAAUUAAUAGUCUCUUGUAUUCUACUGCUAUAUCAAUUCAACAUGUCUUCUUCUUCUACCACCAAAGUGUCACUGAAGCUUCUCAUCGACACAAAGAAUAACAAAGUUCUCUUUGCGGAAGCUUCAAAAUCUGUGAUAGAUUUUCUCUUCAACUUGCUAUGUUUACCUAUUGGUACCGUAGUUAAGCUCCUAGGCACAAAUGGCAUGGUUGGUAGCUUAGGAAAUCUGUAUCAGAGUGUCGAGAGUCUCAAUCAAAGUUACAUGCUACCAGACCAAUCUAAGGAUGUUCUCUUAAACCCAAAAGCUCAAUGCUCCUCAGCUGAUAUCUCUGGCUUCCUUACCCAUAAUGAUGACAAAGACGAUACUGAAGAAGGUAAUAUCUUUUACAUGUGCCCACAUAGAUGUCGUUAUGAGAUAUCAUAUGAUCCUUCUGUGCUUGGUACAUGCAGACAUUAUAUGACCAAUGAAGUAAGUUGUAUGGGAAAUAAGAAUGUUGCUGAAAAAAAUGAUUUUUCCAAUAUCAAGAGUGGUUUUGUGAAGGAUGUUGUAACAUUUAUGGUGAUGGAUGAUUUGGUGAUUCAACCAAUGUCAACAAUAUCUUGCAUCACACUUUUGAACAAGUUCAAUGUCAAGGACAUUGGUGCUUUGCAAGAAAAGAACGUAGACAUGGGAAUGGAUGAGGGUAUCAAGUUGCUUAAGGCUUCUCUGCAAUCCAAGAUGGUGUUGACAAGUGUUUUCCUCGAGAAAGAAUUAGAUUUGCAAGAAAUAGUGUGACGAGUUUUAAGUAUAUCUUCAAAGUAUUAAGAAGGAACAAUUUGUUUUGUUUUUCCUAGUACUUAAGAACUAUAUCAUCCUUAUUUUCCUUAUCAUUGUACUAAUUUUCAUCAACAUAUUAAUAUCAUUGUACUAAGUAAA